AUGUGGAAUCAAAUUCGUGCGGCUAAAUCAUCGUUCAUAGCUCGUCUUCGAGCUACACAAUAUCAAGUAGUCACUAAAGAUACUGAUCACCUUGAUGACUGUUGUAUUUGUUACGGCCAAAUCACACUCAAUUCCAAAUAUGCUCAAUGGCCAUGUCCCACUGGUCAUUACUUUCAUUUGGAUUGUACAGCAAAUGUGUUACGUGAAUCCAAUCGGUGUUCAUUAUGUCGAUACGAAGUUGAUGGAGUACCAUUGCCUAACAGAAAUGAAUUGCUGCAAUGGUACAUGGAAAUGCCUCUAACAACGUCGAUGAUGGCAUGGCAAAAACGUCAUUCCAAUGAUAGUUCAUGUCAACGCUUUUAG